UAGGCCGCGUGAGCGUAAGUCUUGGUCAAUGAAGCAAAACUCGUCUCCAUCAUCCAUAACAAAUCAGAUCGUCACUCCCCAUCAACACCUUCAAAAUGACCUCAACCCCCUCAAAACUCUCCAUCCCCGCCGUCUUCUCCCGCAUCACCGCGCCCUGGCAGCCCAAAAUGGUCGCCUGCGUCAACAGCACCACCGAAAUCCGCAUCGCCAAGAUCCAGGGCAAGUUCAUCUGGCACGCGCAUCCCGACACGGAUGAAUUGUUUUAUAUUGUUGACGGCGGCCCUCUCACUCUGAACUAUCGAGAGCGGAAUGACGACGAGAGCUCGGAGAAGAAAGUGGUUUUGGUGAAGGGCGAGAUGUGGGUUGUUCCGAAGGGCGUGCAGCAUCUGCCUGAGGCUGAGGAGGAGGCGAGUGUGAUGAUGAUUGAGCAGGCGGGGACGGUUAAUACGGGGAAUCGGGAGGAGAGUGACCGAACUGCGACGAUAGAAGAUGUGCGGAGUUGAUAAAUGUCAUUGCGAGCUCUUCUCUUCCAUUUUGGUUCAUCGCUCCCGACCGGAUGCUACCCGGCGGGUAUUGAAACGGGUCAUUGAGUUUCAGUAAUAUCCCUUGUGAUGAGGGCCGGCUGCGUUGCCAUCAGGUCACUACCGCCCUGUGUAACGAGCCCAAGUGUCUUGGAUUCAACAAGACUAUCGAUAAUCUUGAACACUAUUCCAUGUACUAUCCUUUGCCACGCUUCAAACAAGUAAUUCCCCACACCAUGUAAUUAAACUGGGUUAAUUUCAAGAACAAUAUAUUGAGUUUAAAAAGCA